GAGCCUGCUGGCGCUGUCGCACCUCCGCAGGAAGGCCUCCACGUUGCGCUUGAGCAGGGACUGCGCCGGAGACCGGCAGGCCCCUGGGCUGCCGCGGCCAGCGGGCGAGCCAGCACUCCCGGCCCUGGCCGCCACCGCCGUCAGCGCCGCCACGGGCGAGGGCACCGCCGCCCGCGAGAGCGCCAGCACGCGCGAGGCCGACGCCGCGGGCGAGGCCGCCGCCGCGCGCGAGUCCACCGCCGACGGCGCUGCUGCCGCAGGCGAGACCGCCACCGCGUGCGAGGUCUCCGCCGCGUGCGAGGCCACCGCUGAUGGCGCUGCCGCUGCUGGCGAGGAAGCCGCUGCGCGCGAGGCCUCCGCCGCGGGCAUGGCUGGCGCAGGCGAGACCACCUCCGCGUGCGAGGUCUCCGCCGCGGGCGACGCCACCGCUGAUGGCGCUGCCGCUGCUGGCGAGGCAGCCGCUGCGCGCGAGGCUUCCGCCGCGGGCAUGGCUGGCGCAGGCGAGACCGCCUCCGCGUGCGAGGUCUCCGCCGCGGGCGAGGCCACCGCUGAUGGCGCUGCCGCUGCUGGCGAGGCGCAGCGCGAGGCUUCCGCCGCGGGCAUGGCUGGCGCAGGCGAGACCGCCUCCGCGUGCGAGGUCUUCGCCGCGGGCAAGGCCACUGCUGAUGGCGCUGCCGCUGCUGGCGAGGCAGCCGCUGCGCGCGAGGCUUCCGCCGCGGGCAGCGCCACCGUCAACGCCGCCACGGGCGAGGGCACCGCCGCCCGCGAGAGCGCCAGCGCGCGCGAGGCCGCCGCCGCGGGCGAGGCCGCCACCGCGGGCGAGGCCGCCGCCGCGGGCGAGGCCUCCGCCGCGGGCGAGGCCGCCGCUGACGUCGUUGCCAACUCGGGCGAGGACGCCGCGAGCUGGGCUGCAGCGGCGGGCGGCGCCGCCGCCGCGGGCGAGACGGCCGCCACGGGCGAGGCCGCCGCCGCGUGUGAGGCCUCCGCCACGGGCGAAGCCGCCGCCGCCAUUGAGGCUGCCGCCGCUGGCAACGCAGCCACUGGCGCGGACGGCGCGGGCGCGACUGUUGGCGCGGGCGGGGCCGGCGGAGGCGCGGCCGCGCGCGGGGCGGGCGGCGCCUCGUCCUGA